AUGGAUGUCUCGAUCGACGAGUCCUUUUGGAAGGUGGAGACGGCGAACGCUGCUGGAUUAGUCUGGCUUGUUCAGUAUGUAGAAGAUGAUUUUCUCUCUGAGCUUCGAGAAGCUGAGCUUGUAGAGUGGAAACCUCGGUUUCCAACACACAAAUUUGUUGAGUUAGUUCGCGGACCUAAAUUGAGAUACAUACUAGCCAUGAGUCAAUAA